AUGAACGUCUUCCGCUUCUUUGGCGAUCUGGCCCAUCUGGCCUCGAUCUUCAUCCUCCUCCAUAAGAUCCAGCUGUCCAAGUCGUGCCGCGGCAUCUCGUUCAAGACACAGCUCCUCUACACAAUCGUCUUUGCCUCCCGAUACCUCGACAUCUUCUUCGAGACGUCUCUAUACCGCACCCUGAUGAAGAUCUUCUUCAUCUCGUCGUCGUGCUACAUCCUCUACCUCAUGAAGAUCAAGUUCCGGCCCACUCAUGACCCUGCCAUCGACACCAUCCGCCUCGAGUACCUCAUGGGCCCCGCUCUCGUACUGGCCCUCAUCUUCAACUACAAGUUCACCUUCCUCGAAGUCAUGUGGGCCUUCAGCAUCUACCUCGAGGCUGUCGCCAUCCUUCCCCAGCUCUUCAUGCUCCAGAGGACUGGCGAGGCAGAGACCAUCACCACGCACUACCUCUUUGCCCUCGGCGCCUACCGAGCUCUCUACAUCCCCAACUGGAUCUACCGGUACUUCACGGAGAACACGGUCGACCCGAUCUCGGUGAUCUCGGGCCUCGUCCAGACAGGUCUUUACCUCGACUUCUUCUAUGUUUACUUCACCAAAGUGAUGAAGGGCGAAAAGUUCGAGCUGCCAGCAUGA